AUGCACAAGGGGACCGCUUCCGAGGAGGGUGACACAGAUGGGGUGUUUACCUACAGUGCUGAGGAAGAGCGGUGCGUGAAGCGCAAGAUCGAUCUGAUUCUUCUGCCCUUGCUGUGCAUGUGCUACGUCUUUUCCUUCCUCGACAAAACCCUCCUCAACUACAACAGCAUCUUCGGCAUCAAGACCGCCCUCCACCUGACGGGCUCCGACUACAGCUGGCUGGGCAGUGCCUUCUACCUGGGGUAUAUCGUGGGCGCGCUCAUGUGGGCCAAGCUGGUGCAGCGGUGGCCGCAGCACGUGGGGAAGUUCAUCUCUGGCGCGGUGACCGUGUGGGCGUGCAUUACUUUGUUGACGCCGCUGUGCUAUAACUUCGUUGGCAUUCUGGUUGUGCGCUUGUUUCUGGGCUUGGUGGAGAGUAUCAUCGGCCCCGUGUUUGUGAUUGUCACCAGUAAGUGGUGGACGCGGUCGGAGCAGGCGUUUCGCACGGCGUUUUGGUUGGGGGGGACGCCGAUUGGGAACUUCUGCGGCGGGUUGAUAUCCUACGGUCUGGGAUCGAUGCACCCAUCCUUCCCGACGUGGAAGCUCUUCUUCGUCUUCUUCGGCGCCCUCGGCCUCGCCUACGCGGUCGUCCUCAGCCUCCUCAUGCCCGACACGCAGGCCAACGCGCGCUGGCUCACCCCGAAAGAGAGACGCAUCGCCGCCGACCGCGUGCGGGCCAACCACACAGGCAACUCUAAUACCAACGAGUGGAAGUGGCCGCAAUUCUGGGAGGCGCUGCGCGACCCGCAGACGACCAUGUUCUUCGUUACGGCGUUCUCCAGCCAAAUCGUCUCCGGCUUCGGAUUUUCGACCCUCGAAACGACCAUCGUCUCCACUUGCCCGGCGGCAGUGAUCCAACUGUCUACCUUCCUGGUGUUCUCGUACAUCGCCUCUCACCGUCCGAAUAUCCGGCUCGGGUUGUCGAUGCUUGUCUCGGUGCCACCCUUGAUUGGGGCGUCGCUGCUGCAUGCGCUGCCGUUGGAGAAUCGCGCGGGCCGGUUGGCGGGGUAUUAUCUUACCUAUACACAUACGAUGUCCUUCACACUCAACACCAGUCUCAUGGCCUCCAACUUCGCGGGGAAUACCAAAAAGGCUACAGCGAACGGAGUGAUCUUCGCCGGUUGGGCGGCCGGGUUGGUUGCCGGGCCACAAUUCUUCCUUGAUAGCCAAGUCCCGGUAUAUGAGCUUGCGUUUCGGAUGCUCAUGGGCACCUACGCACUAAUGAUCAUCGUCCCAUGCUUCCAGUUGGCGUGGUACAACUACGAGAACCGGCGGCGCGAGCGACUCUCGACAGGGCAUCAUCAUGCUGGACAGGCUGGUGGGGAGGAUGAGGAUGAUGAUCGGACGGAUUUCGAGCAGUGGGAGACAUUUCGGUAUGUUAUGUGAUUGUUCGAUUGGGAAAACGAUGUUGG